UAAAGGACACACUGGAAAAAAGAGGCGCUCUUGGACAAAUAAAGGCAAGGAUCAGAGCUGAAGUUUUUAAUGCACUGGAUGACCGAAGUGAACCACGGCCACCACUGUCUCAUGAAAAUCUCUUAAUCAACGAACUAAUUCGUGAAUACCUGGAAUAUAACAAAUACAAAUACGCAGCAUCUGUCUUAACUGCAGAAUCUGGCCAGCCUGAAGUGCCCUUGGAUAGGCAGUUUCUUGCCAAAGAGCUGAACAUAGUUGAAGACGCAAAUGGAAAAUCCAUACCUCUCUUGUAUGGAAUUAUCUCUCAUUUCUUACAUGGUGGUAAAGAAGAAAGUACCCAGAAUACCCUUCCAAAAGUGUCUUUGCUGAAUUAUCCGAAGCAGAACCUUGGCAAACCACCUACUGAGAGAAAUCAAAAAGAUAGAAUUCCAGAACCAGGAAGAAUGGCUGGCAUGAGCAUUGAAGAGCCUCUUGUUUUACAAAGUAUAAACAGAUGA